AUGGAGCCUAUUCCUGGAAGUUCAGUAAGUCAUGUUGGCCUCCUGAUAGACGCUAGAAAAGCCUCUAUAAUAGAGCAAAAUUUAAAACGCUUGAAGCCUAUAGUAAAAACCGUACUGUUUUGUGCCCAUAACAAUCUGCCUUUGAGAGGUCAUAGGGAUGACGGCAAUUUGAACAGCAGGGAAGAGCAAGAAAAUGCAUUAAGAGGAAACCAGGGUGUUUUCAAAAGUCUAUUGGCUUUUAGAAUUGAUGCUGGUGAUGAAGAUUUGAAAACGCACCUUACCACUUGCAGAAAAAACAGUACACAUAUCAGCAAAACAAUCCAAAACGACAUAAUCGAAUGCAUUGGCGAUUAUAUCCGUUCGGAGAUUACGAGUAGUAUACAAAAAGCCAAAUACUUCUCAAUAAUAUGUGAUGAAACCACAGAUGAAAGUAAGAAGGAGCAGCUUACGUUUUGUGUGCGAUAUGUCGACAUAGACAGUUUCACAACCAGGGAAGAUUUCCUUGGAUUCGUGGAACUCAAAGCGACAACUGGUUUAUCGAUUAAAUCCGCAAUAGACGAAGAACUGACAAAACUGAAUUUGUCUUACAAAUACCUCUGUGGACAAGGCUACGAUGGAGCAAGCAACAUGUCUGGGCCAUUUAAGGGCGUUCAAGCUCUAAUUUCCGAGGAGCAACCCCUCGCCAUUUAUACUCAUUGUUUCAGCCAUUCCCUGAAUUUGUGCAUCACAAAAAGCUGCCAAAUUCCUGUUAUAAGAAACGUAAUGGGAACAGUUGAGACUGUCUCUGUGUUUCUCUCGGCUUCUGCGCACAGAACAAAUGCAUUAAUCGAUGUUGUAGAAAAGCAAGACUUUUCGGAAACUAAAAAAAAAGAGAUUGAAAGCACUUUGCCCUACACGGUGGGUAGAAAGGCAUGA